AUGGAAUGCUUUCGGCAAAUUUUCCGGUGCCUGAAGGCACCUUUCAGACGCGAAAAGGGAAGGAUUAUUGAAAUUGUAAGUCGAGUAAAAACCGGGAAACGGGCUAUCGUUGAAAAGGCAGUGGCUAACAAGUCCAUGAAACAGGGUCCUCCCACUAACUUCCGAAAAGAAGAAUUGCCUGCUUAUUUCUCCGAUGCCGAGUCAGUUCUCUCGCCCAGCCAAAAUCCGACAGAACGAUCAGAUCUGACCAAUCAAUUACAGGACGCUUACGUCCCAGGACAGCUGCACAGCGACCGUAGAGAAGGACGAAACGACGAUCGAAAUGGUAUCUCUACCAUCGUCGACGAAGAGCAAGAUGCGGGCCCAGGCUCGAAGGAUGAGCGUAAGACUGUCAUCCACCUCCGAGAGCGCAUAAAGUUAUCUCGGUGGUGGAAAUCCAGCCCAGCUGCAGGUCAUGAAACCAACGCCCCGGCCGAAUCGACCAAAAUGGAGGAAACGCGAAACGCCGAAUUGGCGUGUUCAUAG